UGUGCAAAGUAAUGAAACAGAAAAAUGAUUUUGUUUUGCUAAAUUCUGAUCGGUUAGUGGAAGUUGGUAACGAUACAGUGUUCCGAUGUGUCAUCGAGAAGGAAUAUGACAGCGGUUGUGAGACCUGUAAGCGAACUAGGUAACAAGUCAUGUUUACGAUGUCUUUAGAAGUCAAGACUUAAAUUUUUCCAAUGAAUAUAAUUCUUGAAAAUCAUGAUGAAUGGUACUUUAGAAAGCUCUACACCCAAGUCAAAACGUUCUAUUUCACCCCGUCCACGAACGGUAGGGGAAGAAGUUAAAGUUUUCCAUGACACUUCUGACCGAUGCCCCGAACUGUACAAAAAUUGUACUUGGAAUAUGGAUGAGAAGCAGGAGUCAGCUGCCUGUGAAAGGGAACAGCAAUACAGGCCAACGACACCUGCUGAGGAUUCUGUUUUUCAUGUGCAUGAUCCUGUUGAAAACUCUUCUAACCCUAGCCCUCCACCUCCGUAUAAAUGGGCACAGAGCUUAAUAUGCCUAUUAGAAGAUAUACAGGGUGUAAACUUGUUCCAACAAUUCUUGGAGCAGGAAGGUCAGGACACCAAGAGCUUGAAAUUUUGGUUCGCCUGUCGAGGCGUGAAGAGAGCGGACCCAAACGACAAAGAGGGAAUGAGGAAGUUAAUAAAGCUUAUUUUUGAAAAAAAAGUUAUUAAAAUUUCUGCUAUAAGUUCUGCAACAAAAGAGGAAAUCAAACACAAACUUUCUACCAAUGUUGGUGUGGAUGACACGAUAUUUGAUAGUGCUCAAGGAGAAGUGGAAGCUUACAUGAUGAAAACUACUUAUCCUAAUUUCUUAAGGUCAGAUAUUUAUAUACAACACCUUGGUGGCUGGCAAAAUGAACCUUUAGAAAAAGAUACUGUUUCUGCAUUGGAACCUAUUGAUUUGCUACCUACAGUUCAUGAGGAUAGUGAGUUACAAAUAUCUUCUAGCAAUAAAGUUCUUUUAACAAGAGAAAAUUUGUUGCAAAGGCACAAAAUUUGUUCAAAUUCCAGAGGAAAGCUAGAAGGACCCGCACACCUCUAUUUGAAAUCACCUUAUGGGAAUUAUAGUAGUUAUCAUUGUAAAUAUUCAUCUUUUCUUCCUGCAUCUGCUCAAGACAGUGAACUUCAAAGCUUGUCAUCUGAUGCUCAAACAGAUGAUACUAUGUCACUUACAGACAGCAGUAGUAUAGAUUAUUCAAUGAAGAACAAAAGAGAACAAAAAAGGCAACUAAAAGCUGCAAAACAGAAUGCUCGUGAAAAUAAAGACACCCAUAAUACUUUUAUUCCAAGAACUCAACGUCUGCCAAAUUCAAAGUUUAAUGAUGUAACCUCAAAGGAAGCUCGUAUGGAAUUAUUGAAAAAACUGGAGAAGGUUUAUGAACAACAAAGAGCUAGUGAGAAAAUUGAAGAAAGGUUGAAAAUAUUUGUGAGUAAUGAUUACUCCAAGCAAGAACAAAAUUCUGUGCCUAAUCAGGGGAUGUGCCAUAAAACAAAUGCACCACCUGUGUUUGACGAUGCUUUCUUUUGCAACGCUAGUGAUGAUAAUGGUCAAGACAUUCUUGACCAGCAUGUCUCUAGGGUAUGGAAUGACUCUGGUCAACACACUCCAGCAUGUUCAUCUCCUGGCUGCAUAUCCCCGCCAACUGCUCGACCCCCCAAUGAGCCAAAGGAUCGAUCUCGAGUCCCACUGCGUAGUUCAAGUUAUUACGAGCCAACAACUCAAGACCUUAUAGGAGCUUAUGGAGCUUUCCACAAAGUUAAUCAAAACUCUCAAUUCACCGUGCCACAGAGUUCAAGACCUAGAAAGGAUCAUGAUACGCAUUCAAAAGAUAGCUGUAUCACAAAUGACUACUAUUCUGAUGACAGUCUCUCCAUAUGUCAUAGAGGUCCUUCAUCUUUGGGAAGUUCUGGCCCCAUUGACAGUGCACAAAGUAGGAGGUUUAAAGAACAGAUAAAGCGUAGCAAUGUAAAUAGAAAGAUCUCCUCUAUGACAGACUCCAGCAGUAGUUGUGUGGACAGUGGAAUAAGCAUGGCUUGCAAGUCUGUUGUUCCUAGUACUUCUAAAGUGACGCAAUGGUUAGAAACUAAUAAGGGGACUGAUUUAGACAAAGAACUAAGUUGGAGAAAUUCAUCUACCUCACCAGUGUUAAGCAGAUCUAGCCGCAAAGCUGUUGUCUACAACAGUUCCCGGCCUGGAACUUUAGAAUGUGGUAGCACCCCUUGGCCAAUGGUACCUUCCCAAGAAAUGUAUAUGUCUGCAUUUCCUCCUCCUGAAACUACCUUGAUUGAAGCAAGGAGGAGGCUAGAGGAAGAAAAUCGAAACAAAAUGAAAUUAAAGUGUGCUUCUAAUAGUAGAAAUUACUAUGAUGCAUCGAAAACAAAAUUUUCUAAGCCAUGCGAAUUACCAGAAGAAGGAUACACACUUAGGAAACAAAGUAGAAAAUCUUAUCCUGCUACGAUGGAUGGAGGUAGUGCGAGUUGGAGUGACACAGUUACAGUUAUUGGUUACAGUUAUGGUCGAUGUGCAGUGCCUUAUUUGUCAAAGAUGCCUGGGAAGAACAUAACGUUGCGACAAUUUAAAUCUCUCUUGUCCAAAAAAGGAAAUUUUAGGUAUUUUUUCAAGAAAGCAAGCAAUGAUUUUGGUACAGGAGUUGUAUUUGAAGAAAUUACAGACGACUAUGAAGUUCUGCCUUUGUGGGAAGGCAAAGUUUUUUGUUGCAUAGAAUCCAUAGAUGAUAAUUCAUCAUAGUUUAUGACUAAACUAAUGUUGUUUCUUCCUUGUGAUUAGGACCCUUAUUUACACAUCAGGGUCUAGAAACAAAACAGGAUUGCUGUUUGCCAAAUAACCAUGAGAAAGAAAAACACGAGCUUAUACAUGUAUAAUUCAGAAUUUUGAGUCAUUCUGUUCUUGUUGAAACCUGUUUGCAUUUCAAGAUAAUUCAUUGACUGUUGUGUAAAAAGAUACUGCAGUAUCCUUAAAAAAUGUUUUACUUUUGAAAGAAAAAAUAUAUAAGUACAAAACAAAAUAAUGUGAGAUUAUUCUGUAUAAUUUUAUUUUAAAUUUUAUGUUGAUAGUUUAUAUGAGGCAUGUAAGAGAGGAAAGUAUGAUAGUAAGAUAUAAUUAUACUUAUAAAAUUCUUAAUUGCUGAAAAUAUUUUUUUUAAAGGUCAGCCAGACCUUUUUUAAACCAGCAUUUCACAUGACAUCUUAUUCCAUAUCAAAAUCAUUUUGCCAUCCAAUAAAUCCAUAUGUGUUGUAUUAUACAAAUGUAUAUCAUAAUGUUCAGAAAGAAUGUAUAUUUCAGUAUCUUGUUUGUUAUGUGGUUAAGUUUGUUGCCGAUUUCCUACUUAAUUGCUUAUAUUUCAGUGCUAAUAUACUGCUUUUUACUAGUCUUAAUGUGUGAAAGUGACCUGCCGCCACAUAAAGAUCUUUUAUUUAUUAUUGUAUAAAACUAUCUAGUUAGUUUUUCUUUAUAUGGCAGCAGAACUUGUAACAAAUGAUAAAAUUAUUUGUAUAUUAGCAAUAAUUUUAGUAGAAUUUUUUUUAUUUGCAUUUGUUUUGAAUUGAUUACAAAAAGCAAGGAUUAGCACAAAAUAGUCUGAUGUGCUAAACUAAAUACCUAUUUUAGUCUACUAGCUCUUAAUAAAUCUUCAAUACUUCGGAAUGCUUGUAUUUUUUUAAAACUUCAAACUCAUAUCAAAAUCACUUUAUAAAUAUAAGAUAAAUCAAUAUCUUUUAGAAAAUUUGUGAAAUUUGAAUGUUAGAAAAUUAUAAGGUGAAAAUGUACUCAUGUUUAACGGCUUGCAGUGUGACUUUAAAGAAAACGUGGGUCAACUUGUUCCCCCAACAUUUUUAAUCUUUUCCCGCUAAGUACCCUCAGAAUCUUAAUUUCGAUAAAGAUCUAAAAGUGCAUAUUCAAAUGCUUUUGGUGCAUUUUUACAAGCAAAAAGUUCCUGGUAUUAAUUUUAUCUUAUGAUUGCUAAGUUGCCAAUGUAUUUAUUCAUUUUGUUUUUAAUCUCAAACAUUUUAUGACAAAAAGGCAUCCAAAUGUGGAAUAUCUUACACCCAUGUAUGGAAUGCUACUUUAACCCUAUCUGGUAAUAGUAUUUAUAAAAGAAAAAAACUAUUUGUGGGAGUAGAAAGUUCAUGUCACAAUCCUGAUUUUUACUAACAGUCAGCUCUAGAUGAGGCUACAAUUCAUCUUUAAUACUACUUAAGCGCAAAACCGGUACCAGAGUAAUUUUUACUUGCAUGUUUUUGAGUCAUCAUUGAAAAAACUUGUGCAGGGGGGGGUGGGGGGCGGCAUUAAACAGGCAACAUAAAUGAUUUUAAAAUAUACUCUGCCUAUAGUACGUUUGACAUUUUUGUUUAAAAAAAUAAAUCAUGUACGGAAAUUGUAAGAAAUAAUAAAAUUAUGACCCUUAUUUUUUAAACCCUACUUUUAUCUACUAUGUAUUUAUGUAAAUAUUUAAACUCUGUGUUCAGAAAAAUAACAAUCAUUAUUAUUUCUUUCAAAGAUUUCAAAUAUGUUAAAUGUGUUCUUCUUUGAAAGCUUUCUAGCAUUUAAACUUGUUUGUGCAAUAUUUUAAUCUAGGAUUUUUUAAAAAUAAUUGUUAUUUAUUCACUUUUUGUGUUAAUUCCUUGCAAAAUUAUUCUAUUUGCAUUUGCUUAGCAAAUUUUCCCUUGUAAAAUUUUGGUUUGUUUCAGAAACGGAAAUUUGCUAGAAAAAUCUGUUCAUCAUUUGGAAGAUUGUUUGAAUGAUCUUUUGUUUGUUAUCACAUUAUUUUGCAGGGAACCUCUUUAAACGAUUGAUACCUGUUUGUUAUGUUGUAAAUAUUUUAAAGCACUUAACAGGUAUUUCCUAGAGUAUAGAUUUCUAAUUAAAGAGAGUGUGAAGAUAUUUUUAAUAAAUCAUAUCAUGUAACUAAAUAUGUAAAUA